AUGAGUACCUCUCCAUCACCACCAGCCACUACAACAUCCAGUAGUUAUUUUGACAUGCUGGUUAACAGCGAUCCUCGUAUUGCCUUUGAUACUUUACACUUUGGAGUACUUUGCGCAGUGGCGGAAAUGGAGCACGAUCCACGUCCGCAGCAACUGCAGUCUGCGCGGAAGGCACUCAUCACCGGCGACGGCCCAAACGCCCGCUUUGUUAUUCCCACACAUCAGACGACAUUAGACGCCCGACUGCCGCAGCCGCAAGAUGUGGACGCUCUGGAGGCUUAUUUAGAUGCCACUUCUUCACAUGAGGCGCUGCAGCACGUGUUGGGGCCGGCGGUGCUGCACGCCGUGCAGAAGUACCGUCCGCAAGUCACGCAGGCGCAGCGGGGACGGCGGAGACGGCAGCGACAAACACCAUCACAUCAACAACAACAACAACAACACAGUGAGAGAGAUGAGACGGCAACAGAUGCCGCUACUGCUGGUGUUACUACAGGAACUGGUACUGAGGCCGCUACGGAGAUCCAUGUUCAAACUGAAUAUGAUGACGAAGAGGAUAGUGAUGAUGUGGAUAGUGAUGAUACCGAUGCAGGUACUGAAGAUGAGGGUGAUAGUGAUAGUGAUGAUGAUAGUGAUGCUGGUACUGAGGAUGAUGAGGAUAAUGACCACGAUGAUGAAGAAGAAGAGUAUUAG